AGCCACCCUCUGUGGCUGGGCGGGGUGAAAGAAAACUUGCACCAGAUGACUUAAACAGGCAAGCAGGACUUGGUUGAAGACUUGCAAUAGUCAACUUCCAAUACCAUAGCAGCUGGAGAUUUAUAGCCAACGGGCUGGGUGAAGGAGUUAAAGGAUGGCAAAUUACUAAGAGGAAGUUCAGUAUCAAGGGUGGGGGGAUUCUUGCUGAACUGGCUUAGUUGGAUUCUUGCCGAAGUGGGGUUCACAGGCCAUGGAGGAGGCCUGGCCAAACAAAAGGGGCUCAGAGGAGCCUUACUAAAGCUUGAUCUAGGGCGUCCUUGUCAGGAGAGACUCCUGGAAGUCUCUGAUGGGCGGCUUAGCUCAAAGAGAUACUUUUGUUAGUGCCAGAGUCCGCGCCACCGGAAUCAGGAUGGCCCGGCUGUACCUCGGGAAUCUCUCGCUCCUACACUUCCCAGAAGCCUCUAGGCCCAUGGCUGUAUCCCGCGAUAACUAAAUUGUCUUUUGCCGAGUGGGCGGGGUCUUCCCGCGGGUCUGAGCGAACGGCCUCCGGGCUUUGUGAGAGAGCUGGGGUCUGCUUGUUUGGAUUCCGGAGAAGCGGAGCUGACCCGACCCGAGCAGGCAAGAACCUCAUGUUUCCUGACUCCCUUCUCCAUUCUCAGCUCUGCCCUGCUUGGAUAGAGGCCUCAGGAGAGGAGUACAGAAUGGCUGUUGAACAUCCACAAGGCACCUGCAAGACUGUGAAUCAAGGUUGAGACCAAGAAAUUAUUUCUGAAAAAGGAUAUUUAUGGAAUAGAAUCAUCCUGAUGGGAGAUAAUGGAAAAACUUACAAAACACAGCAUUGAGUGUUCAAGUUUCAGAGGUGAUUGGGAAUAUAAAAGCCAGUUUGAGAGAAAACAGGGAUCUCAGGAAGGACAUUUCAGUGAAAUGAUAUUUACUCCUGAAGACAUGCCCACUUUCAGUAUCCAGCAUCAGAGAAUUCAUACUGAUGAGAAACUCCUUGAAUGUAAGGAAUGUGGGAAGGAUUUUAGUUUUGUGUCAGUCCUUAUUCGACAUCAGCGAAUUCAUACUGGUGAGAAACCUUAUGAAUGCAAAGAAUGUGGCAAGGCCUUUGGUAGUGGUGCAAACCUUGCUUACCAUCAAAGAAUUCAUACUGGUGAGAAGCCUUUUGAAUGUAAAGAAUGUGGAAAGGCCUUUGGUAGUGGUUCAAACCUUACUCACCAUCAGAGAAUUCAUACUGGUGAGAAACCCUAUGAAUGUAAGGAAUGUGGGAAAGCCUUCAGUUUUGGAUCAGGCCUUAUUCGUCAUCAGAUCAUUCACAGUGGUGAAAAGCCUUAUGAGUGUAAGGAAUGUGGGAAGUCCUUUAGUUUUGAAUCAGCCCUUACUCGGCAUUACAGAAUUCACACAGGUGAGAAACCUUAUGAAUGUAAGGAAUGUGGGAAGGCUUUUAAUAGUGGCUCAGAUCUCACUCAACAUCAGCGAAUUCACACUGGUGAGAAACCCUAUGAGUGUAAGGAGUGUGAGAAAGCCUUUAGAAGUGGUUCAAAACUUAUUCAGCAUCAAAGAAUGCAUACUGGUGAGAAACCUUAUGAAUGUAAGGAAUGUGGGAAGACGUUUAGUAGUGGUUCAGACCUUACUCAACAUCACAGAAUUCAUACUGGUGAGAAACCCUAUGAAUGUAAGGAAUGUGGGAAGGCCUUUGGUAGUGGCUCAAAACUUAUACAACACCAGCUAAUCCAUACUGGUGAAAGACCCUAUGAAUGUAAAGAAUGUGGAAAGUCCUUUAGUAGUAGCUCAGCUCUUAAUCGGCACCAGAGAAUACACACUGGUGAGAAACCCUAUGAAUGCAGGGAGUGUGGGAAGGCUUUUUGUAGUGGCUCAAGCCUUACUCAGCAUCAGAGAAUUCAUACAGGUGAGAAACCUUAUCAAUGUAAGAACUGUGGGAAGGCUUAUGGGAGGGAUUCAGAGUUUCAGCAACAUAAGAAAAGUCAUAAUGGUAUGAAACUCUGAAUUGGAAACUAUAAAUUGAAAUUAUGUGAUAAAAGGACUCUAAACAUAUGACAUAAGAAAAUUCAUAGUGGUGAAAAGCUCUACAAAUAGAACUAAGGUACAAAUGCCUUACUUAUGCUUCACAGGUUUGUCAGUCUAAGAAAAUUUAUACAAGAAAAAAAAAAUCCCUGAAUAAGAUAAAUAUUUGAAGAUCCUUAUCUAUAUUCAUUACUUUGUUACUUUUGGAAAAUUCAUACUUGUGAAUGUUAAAAUUGAAAAAAAAAAAGCAUUUAUUGUAUUUGCCUCUAUUUUAAACAUUGGAAAACUCAUUUCUGGGUUAACCCUGCUAUACUUUUUAAAUGGUCUUUUUUUUAUUAUAUAGAAUUACUGAUUCAUCUCAAAAUUAUUUAUUACAAGUCUAAAUAUAUCAUU